AUGGGUGUUGACGUACUCGUGUGGACCGAGUACACGGAGGGAAUGGACAAUCGUGGUUGGUAUGAGGCUGAAUCGCAUGCAGAAAAAGGGGCAGAUGAUGAUGAUGAUGAUUGUGAUCGUGACGAUGACGAUGAUGAAGACAAUGACAAUGACGAUGAUGAAGACGAUGACAAUGACAAUAUAGAUGCUGACGAAUAUUGGGAGGAGUUGCGGAUUUAUCGGGAGAGUCAACGAGAGAAAACCCAUGAGGAAAAUUCUAAUGGCGAGGAUCAAAUCUCGGAUAGUGGAGAGUGGGACAACAAGGAUGCGGAAGGAAAAAUUCACUCGGACACUUCCCUCACGGAUGAGGGAGCAGCAGAACCCGGUGGGGGUGAUAUACCAAUGGAUGAACCUCACUUGGCGGAUGAAACUGAGGCGAUUGGAGAAUGGAAUCACAGGACGGGGGUUAACACGACCAAAAAUGGGUGGAUUAGUGAUGAACUAAGCGAGGAGGAUAGGGUACUGCGUAGUCUGGCAGAUUCUAACGACACCCGGGGGCCGGCCUACGAGGAAUGGGAUGAUGAAAUGGAGGAAUCCGACUGUGAUUUGAAAGUCGGGAUGAAAUUGGUGAACCGAUUGAAAUAUAGGCAAGCCCUCAUUGACUGGGCUGUAUGGCGUGGGUGGGAUAUAAACCUUAUAAAGAAUGAAAAAAAGAAGGUUACAACCAUAUGCAAGAAGGGUUGUGAUUGGAGGAUUCACGCGUCAUCCAUCAUGGAUGGAGACACCUUCCAGAUCAAAACUCUGAAGGGUACCCAUCAGUGUUCACACUAG